CACAGAGGCGCAGGAAGACUAUAGCCUGUCCACUGGAUGUGAAAGCACCAGAGCAAAGUGUAGUAGGAGGGGGGCUUCCAGACUGCGUGGGCCCAGCGAUGCCUUGAUGGAGCAUGGGCCAGGUUUUAGGAUUCUCCCAUUGCCAGGAGUAUGGCUCAGUGGCUUCAACACCAGACUCGACCCCUCCAUGCACUGAUGGUGGAAAUGAGGAGUCUGAACUGUGCGAGCUGCAGACUGCCCGUGAAUGGUCAGAUGAUGAUGAAGGAGCAGAUGGAGAUGAUGAAGAUGGGCUGGCCUCUUCUCCGUCCCUUUGGGGUACCCCUCGCCAACACUCAUAUGAGCUAACAUUCUCUUACAUCGCUAUCGCUGAGCCUGAGGCUGUGGGGGCAUCACGGCAGUUGAGAGAGAGGCGCAGGGGGGGUUCCAGGAACACUCGCACUGCUUUGUUUCGCACUGACACACUGGAAACCCUGCUGGACUCUCCUGAUGUGGAGUGGGAUCCCCAGGCCUUUCUCACACAGGAAGGACAAGAGGCAGCAGCAGAGAGGAGCGAGCAGGAGACAUGGCCAGCUACAGCCCAUACAGAAUGGACUAACUUUGAAAGAGAAAACUAUGAACAAAUGAGUAUACUUCCUCAGUGCCAGGAACCUCAGGAGACAGACACAGGGUUUCAAAGGGAUGAGACUCCCAGCAGUUUCACUGUCCAGACUUCCACUCCCUCCCAAUCCACCUCACGCACUCUUCAGUCAACAUCAUUGUCCCCGGAGCCCGCUUCCCCAGUCUCCAGGGAAACCAUUUCAGUGAAGCUGCUCACAUCUGUGCUGCCUCGAGCGCCGCUGCCUGGAGACCUCACAUCUUCAUCUGUGGCUGCUACAGGACUCAACUCUCAGGAACAGCUGGUCGGCGAGCACUGGUUCUCUGCACUUAACCUAGCAGAGGCUGAUACAGUAUGGACUCACAUAGCAGCGGUGGACCUGAUCUACUGGAAGGACACAGAGCGGUCAGGCAUGGUACUGACUGGAAUAGUGGUGGGCCUGCUGUCACUGUUUCAGCUCAGCAUCAUCUCUGUGCUGGCUACCGUCUCUCUGGCUGUCAUGUGCUUCACUAUCUCCGUGAGAAUCUACUACCAGGUCCUCCACAUCCUCAACUGGGGCGAUGGUGUGCACCCCUUUAAGUCAUACCUGGAUUUGGACAUCAGUUUGAGUGGAGAGCUGGCUGAUAAGUACAUGCAAAAAGCCAUUGUAACAAUUCUGUCAGUCGUGGAUGCCCUGAAGAGACUAUUUUUUGUGGGAAAUCUUUUUAAUUCCCUCAAAUUCCUGUUUCUACUCUACCUUGUGACAUUUGUGGGGAAAUUGUUCAACGGCCUUACUCUCCUCAUCAUCAGUGUCAUUGGCCUGUUUUCAUUGCCUUUGUUCUAUCAGAGACACCAGGUGCAGGUUGACAGCGUUUUUGCUAAAAUUCAGGGUCAUUAUGACAACAUCACAGACAUUCUGCUGAGACUCGCCCAUGGGGGCGCUGCACCCCCUGAUCAAACACCAGGUGGCGCUAAACCCAAUGCCCACUAACUAAGAGGGGAAAUGAAACCACAGUAUCCAGAGGAGCUGCAGACUGUCACUCAGAGGUCUUAACAGCAGUCUGUGCUUGAGCUCCAGAGACAUGGACAGUAACUAAAGACGACACUCACCGGGAUUACGCAUGGUGUUUGAUACUCAACCUGAACCGGUAUUAGAGUUAGAAGUGGGACUGAGUAUGGUGAAAUGGAUAUGUAUGGACACUGAAUGAGACAGUUUUUCACGUCAGAGAUGAUGGACUGAUGGACUGUUUUUUAAAAAUGUCUUAUUGACAGCUUUCAUCCAAAUUGACUAAAACAAGACCAGAUUGGAAGGUGUGUGACUUUACUUCCAGUAGCUACUGUGUCCCAUCAACAAUCAGUGGUUCAUUUGAAGACAGGGGUUGUCAUAAUUCACUUAAGAAUUAUCAGGUGCAUGUGUCUAAGUGGCCGCUCAUGUGCAAUAUGAUCACUGUAUUUUUCAUCUUCAUGACUGUUUAACUUUGUGUGUGUGUCUCUGUGUGUGUGUGUGGGUGUGUGUGUGUGCGCGCGCGCGCGCGCGCGUGUGCUGGUGUAUGUGUAAUGUAUGAAUUUGAGCCUGCUGAGCUAUCAUCCACAAACUAUCAGAAACCUUUUCAGUUAAUCUUCAAAUUACAACCCUCUGUGUAUUGGUUGUUACAAUGUUAUACUGUAAUAACACACAGAGCUCUAUUGGGUCAUAACAUAUCCAAGCCAAAGGAAAAACAUGAAGGAUCGUUGGAGUUCAGUGCGGACGGUGCCUUUCUAACUGUGGGUCUUAUUGCAUGGAUCACUAUAUCUAACACCAACCCCUGACCAUGAAACUCUUAACUGUGUACUCCACCAUUUACAUCAGUGUAUUAGCAGGUAUGUUACAAAAUAGUAUUUAGAAUCUAGGAGUAAUAAAAUUGUUUUAGGAUACUAUGAUUCACUUUGCCUUUAGUGUCUGCUUAUGAGAUGAAACUAUGCCUUAUAUUUAUUAUGAACCAGUGUAUGACAUGACUGUCAUGAUUGUGUAUUUUAAUUAUUUGACUAACUUUAGAUAUCCUCCAUCUGUUUAAAUCUACACGUUGAUUCAAUGCGUAGAUCAGGCUAAAGUAACAGACUAAAGCACUAUUCUUUAAAGUCUUUCCCUCUAUUUGUUUUGAUUUGCAGAGGAGGAAAUUUAGCUAAAUGAAUCACAUGUCACGUUACUGUUUAUUUAUGUAAUUCAACCAAUUUUCAAUGAAACAAUAAAUUGUUAAAACAGA